GCUGGUGGCUCUGUCCUCCCGACCUCUUCGCUGAGGUGUAAUUCACGUGCCACACGUACAAAAUUCGCCCGUGCCGUCCGUCAGCUCUAACCGAUGUGCAGGGUUCUACAGCCGCCCCGCGUGCCCGCGCGCGCCACCUGCUGUGUGGGGCGUUUCCUACGCGCACCGUGGACACGCGACAGCGCUGCGCGCCCUGCGCCUUUCACGAGCCGGGGCGUCCGUGCGCACUGCCGGGCUCUGGGACCGCGGGCGAGCGCUUCGCUGCCCUCCCUGGCACCGCGUCCUCGGCCGCUCCUAUGCGGCGGCGGAAGGAGACUUCCUGGGUGCAGAACAGCGAGGCCGGGAGGACCGGGCCGGGGUCCGGGUGUAGGUUUGGGGUGGGAAGGGGGCCGCCCGCAUCCCGCGGGAACCCCUGGUGAGCGGGCCGGCCGGGCUCCCGGAGGCACAGGGACGCCCGCGAGGGUCGGCGGCGCCUGGCUGCGUUGCGCUCCCGGCCGCAGGGGGCGCCCGGAGCGCGGCCCAAAGCCCUCCGCGGGUUGCUAGGCUGCCAUUUGGCGCUAAGAUGGGUGAGGCGCUGAUUGGUGGGGUCUGGACGAGGCGGCUGUCGGGUGUCGCAGCGACUGGGCCACAAAAAGCGUACCCCGGAGCUGUCGUCGCCAAUUGGCCCCGAGAGCACCGGAAAUGCCUGCGCACUGGACAGAAGAGACUGCACUCAAAGGCCGGGGGCACCGCUCAUUGGGCCGACGCUGGAGGCGUGUCUCGACCCGUUCGGUGAUUGGGCGUGGGCCUAGCAGAGACGGCACCGGCGCGGUGAUUGGACGCUGGGACCCAGCGGCCGCGGCGCGCAAUCCGAGGAAAGUCAGUGCAAGCUGCAUGGGGCGGCGGCGGCGCAGGGUGGACCGGGGAGCCGCGGUCGGGGCCUUGCCCGAGGCCAUCGCCGCGCUGAGUCGGACGCUGCCCGCUGGGCCCAGCCCCGAGAUCUUCCGCCGCGCCAAGUUCGACCGUCCGGAGGCGGCCCCGGCGCUCUGGCAGCUGCUCUUUCGCGUGCUCUCGCCGCUGUCAGCCAACGGCGCCUCGGCGCCCCCAGCCCAGGGCGAACCCCCAUCUACAGAGGCCCAAGUCCGAGUGGUGAAGUCGGAGCUGCACUCCCAGGGCUACCCCAGGCGGGCGCUGGCACAGCUCCCUGAGGACGGCUCCCAGGGCAGUCGCGAGCUUCUGCUGGCCUUGGCCUGGCUCCUGGCCCGCGGGCCCCUGCUCGAGCGGCUGCUGGCCCAGACCCGCGUGCGGCUGGGCGACGAGAUACCCCUGUGCGAGUGUGAAGCCCUGGCCAGGCCUGGCCCCCCUGUACCCCGUGUGGAAGCAGAUGGCCCUGUGGACAUACGCCACUUGCAGUGGCUGAUGGGAAAGCUGCGGUUCCAGUGGCGGAAGCUGAUCACCAGUCAGCAGGAGCAGUGUGCCCUCCUGGGCAAGAUCCACACAUACACCCGCGGCUGCCACAGUGACCGCAGCCUUGGCCACCUGUCUGUUGCCGAGACCGAGCUGCUCAGGGACGCGGAGGGCGGCCAGCAGCUGCUUCGGAGGCUGGAGAGCGAGAAUGUGCGCCUGGAGGCAGCCCUGCAUUGGAGGCGCCAGGAGCUGGUCUUCUGGCGGUGGAUGGACACAGUCCUGGGCACCUGCCCUCCAGAGGCCUCGCAGCCCACGUUUGUGCCGCGGAUCCCCGAGCGGGGGGCUGGCGAGUGGGAGCUGGUGGCCCGCGAGCUGCAGGCCCUACAGGAGGAGUUGCAGGGAGCCGCGGAGCCCCGGCGGGCAGCCUGGGAGGCCAGGGUUGGAGGCUGGGGGCCCGAGUGGAGUGCGGUGCAGCGGGCCUUACGGGAGGCCGUGGGACUCGAGCUGGCAGCCCUUCAGCGGGCCUGGGAGCAAGGUGGGGCCGCAGCCCAGCCCCACGGGCCCUGCCGGCUGGUGAAGAGUGACGCCGGAGCCUCGGGGGGCCCAGGCCUGCGGGCGGCCCAGGUGAUUGAGAUGCUGAGGAGCCGGGAGGCCUGCCUGGAGGCAGUGCUGUGCCAGCUGCAGAGACAGUGUCGGCAGGAACUGGCCAGGCUGGCGGGAGCCCUGCCCGGCCUCAUCUGGAUCUUGCCACCCGGUCGUUGAGGCCCUGUGCCCGCCUCGAGGGGGACCUGCCCUGACCCGCCCUGGUUGGGCCUCGGAGGGGCAGAUUUCAGGGUGGUGGCAGGGACGACGCAGACACAGGGCCCCAGGCAUGGUCUCCCUGAGCCCUGGGGCUGUCCCCACCUGGGGCAGAGCCCAGCCCUUGGCUAGUAAUACUGGGGGCAGGCAUGACAGGCCCAGUGUGGAGUCCAUGGGCCUUCAGGACCAAGAGAGGACCCAGAAAUAAGUCGCAGAGACCUCCCUGCAGGGGUGAGGCUCUGUUCUGGCCCUCCCUCUGCCACCCUUCCACGUUCCUAUCUGGGGCAGGUUGGGGAGGGUCCGGUCUGUGCUCAGACCCAGGGGAAGGGGACCCUGGGGGGUGGUUGCCGAAGCUGGGCUGGUCCAGCGCUGCCCAGGUGCUGGCAGGUCAGGCAUGGCCUGCAACACGGCGUGGGGAUCGGGGUCCUUCGGGGGAUUGCCCCGCAUGCCCGCUACACACUGUGCCCCGGGCCCCUACUGCACACCCCGCCCUGUGGGUGCCUGGUGUGUGCGUGGGGGGCAGGGACGCCGGCUGGGAGCCUGGGGGUAGGGGGCUCUGCUCCUCUCCUGGGAGCGGUGCUGGGGGUGAGGGGGAGGCCACUGUGGACAGAGGGGGCUUUGUUCCCGAGACUGGUCGGGGAGCUGGGCUCGGCCCUGACAAAGAGCCAUCUGUGUCUGGGGGAUGCGCCCCCAGCUUGCCGGAACAGGCCCCCUCCAUCCUGGGGGCUCAGCCUCUCGGCACCCCUCACCCAGCAGGCGCAGACAGCCGUGUCCCUGCCUCCCUCGCCAGGCUCCCCUGUCCUAGGGCGAUUGAACCCCAGGCUGCUGCUGGGCGGGCCUAGGGGCCUGUCCGCGGCCUCCUGCUGCCAGCCAGUUCAGGCCCGAGGACACUUCCACGCCUGGGCCCCGCAAGAACAUUCUCUCACUGGCUCUUCCUGCCUGGCUGGCGUGUUGCUGGUGUUGCCUGGUCUCGGCCAGCCUGCCCCCACCCCGACCCCCGUCCCUUGGGGGCGUCGAGUUCUCCCCUCCCCACACGGCCCCCUCCCAGCUCCUCACGUGCUCCAGCUGUGGCCCAGGGCCCGCGGGGCCCCGGCCCUCCACCUGCCGCCUCAGUGUGUGAAGUCACUUCUAGAACCCCUGCCUGCUGGGCCCUCCGCCAUCCUCCUAGCCGCUGGACAGGACCCUUCCUGGAAACAAGUCAUUCAAAGUUCCCUGUCCUCUGUGAGUGCCAUUGAGUCAGGACACCCACUGGGCCCCGAGAACGAAUUUUAGAAACCAAAUGCAAACUCGGUGUUCUGGAGCUGUCCCUUCUCAAACUGCUCUGUGGAUCCAAUACAGCCCACUCGAGGCCCCACGUGUGUCUGUGUGUCUGUGGGAGUUCGGCGCGGAUUCUGAGAGACACGAGGUGCCACAGGCCAAGUCGGGGGGAAGCGAGGCACACUCGGUGGUCCAGGGAGCAGGCUGGGCUCUGACAUUGGCUCCUACUGUUGCCGCCACGUUAGCACGCGCUUAGUGGCUCAGAAGCACAGAAGCAUGGCCGCCUUCCUGUAGGGGGGGGCCGCAGCCAUCACGGUCCCCGGCCCCCAGCCCCGGUCAGGGACCUUAGUCCUCUUCUGCACGUGACAUGGCAGGUCCGCAGGCCUGCGGCAGGGCCUGGGCACCACCCAGCCCCCUGCGGCCCCACGGAACAGAUGCAGGCCUGGCCCAGCUAGCUCGAGUACGCGGGUUCUGCCUGGGACAGGCCCGUGCUGCGGGGGCCCAGGGUUCCCCAUGGAGAUGUGAAGGCAGAGCAGCCUGUGGGGGCCCAGGACCCCAUACUCCACUGGCCCCCAUGGACGCCAGAAACUUCUGCUUAUCGGAGACCCCGUAAAGACCGGGAAAGACAGGCCACGGGAGAAUCCGUUGGCGACACUUGUAACCUGUGAAGAGAGGGUAGGGGAAACGGUUUUGAGGAAGACAGAGCGGGCCUGGGGCAGGCACCGCGGGGAGGAGGAGACGGGGUGGUGAUGUGCCCGCAAGCUGCUGGGUGGGUGCAGGGCCUGCGCAGGGCAGGGGCUGGCGGGCCUGGGCCAACGCUGGGGACGGCCGCCCGGCAGCCGAGCCAGGAACAGCAGACUGUGGGCGAUGCCGUGGCCAGGACUGGGAAGGUGAGGGGAAGUACAGACGGGCCGCAGAAGGUGACGCACGGGGAGGCCGUGGGGAAGAGCCCAGCGACCAUCACAGCAGGGCAGGGCUGCGGUCUGUGUCCCCUGCUCCUCGGGCCUGUGUUCACAGGGAUCCGCAGCACCUGUGCUGGCCUCCUCCCAUGUUUUAUCCACUGGGGCACCGACAGGACCUCCGGCGAAGCCCCGCCCGUGAGCGCGUCCGCACUUGGCCUCUCGUGAUCACGGCAUCCUGUCCCUGCUCCAGCGCCUGGGUCCUUCUGGCCCUGACCUCACCGCCCAGGGCUGGCUUUCUCUCCCUUCAGGGCACGGCCUCCUCACCCUCAUUGGUCGACCUUGGCCGGGCCUGGGCUUGGGGCACGGCGACUGGACCAGGCCCUCCAGGACCCUUUGUGGCUCGUGUCUCUAGGGGGACACUCGCGGGGUGUUCCCGGGAUGGGGUACUUCUCAGCGGCACUUAUGGGGGAAGUUGGGUCCGAGGGGCGCAGCUGGUGACCUGGUCCACACCCCCCCCGCCCCGGUCCUCGCCUGUGGUCGUGGCCUCCAGCCCUGCACCUGCCCCACGCUCCUGUGUCCCCCCAGGGUCUUGGGUACUGAGUGUGGCCAGCUGCCCUCCUCCC